AUGCCGUCGUACACAGGUCUUCAAUUCCUCUAUAUGUUGUUACAACUAUUAAAUGUACUUCUGUUAGUCUUUUUAAUUACUACAAUUCUCAAAUCCAAAGCCUACUUUACAAAAUGGACACUAUUUCAGAUAUGCGUUUGCACAUUCUUUGAGCAAGUGUCCGGUUUACCUACACUACUUGUCUACGGCACCGAAAUACAACAACGUGCCUAUGAUACAUCUAUUUGUAUAAUACAACAAAAAGUCGCGUCGUUUUUCAUGAUUCCAUUUCAAGUGCUACCCGCGAUCUUGAUUUUUUAUUUAUGGUUUGCUCUUGUAAAAAAUAACACAGACAUUGAGCAAAAUUAUGGACAGUAUAUUUCCGGUGUUGUUUGGCUGUUGACGAUCGUACGGUCGAUUAUACAAUGGAUUUUGGACAGUGAGCAUGAACAUUGGGAUACAGAAGUCAAUAAAUUAGGAAUUGUUUUAUUCUUGAUAUUUGGAACAACAAAAUCACCCACAAUCUUUCUCCCAUGUUGCUAUUACGCACCAACACCGCCAUCAAAAGUUCGAUCUACACUAUCAUCACCAUUAUCACCAUUUUCACCAUCAUCACCAUUUUAUACGGCGGCAAAUAAUAUCAAUCGACCGGCACGUAUCCUAAGUACAAACUCAAAUCCUCAUAAAUCUCCACCGCAAACACCAUUAUUAGCUCUAGAUUCUUUAAGGUCGUCCUCUCCAGGUGACAAAGAUGACUUUAAUUAUAAGUUGACGCGAAUCGUUUGA